AUGAGUGUCCGCUCAGCGCUGGCCCUCCCGCGGAGGGCGAAUUUCUUCUACACGCCGUGCCGACGCUGGCCGUCGAGUACCCGCUCCUUUGCAACAACGCUCCGCCGCGAUGCGACGUGGGGCUUUAUUGGUCUGGGCCAGAUGGGCUACAACAUGGCCAAGAACUUGCGCGCCAAGAUCCCCGCAUCCGACACGUUGAUUGUGCGCGACGUCAACGAUGAGACGGCCGCGCGUUUUGCUGCCGAGGCCGAGGAGGCAGCGGGGGGUAGUGGGGAGGGCAAGGUCGAGAUCGCAGACAAUGCGCGCGAAGUGGCCGAGAAAUCAACAGUGAUGAUCACCAGUCUGCCCGAGUCUCAACAUGUCAUUGAUGUCUUUCACUCCAUCCUCAAACACGGUGACCUGCCGCCCCUCGAGGCGGAGCGUCUCUUCAUCGAUACCUCGACCAUUGACCCCGUAACGUCCAAGGACAUUGCCAAUGCCAUCCAUACGACGCAGCAGGGCCGAUUCGUCGACGCCCCCACCGGCCAGCUGAUCGAGCGCGUGCGCGGUGUGCUCGCCCUGAUGGGCAAGAAGGCCUGGCACCUCGGCGACCCCGGCUCGGGCGUGUCGGGCAAGCUCGCCAACAACUACAUCCUGGCCAUCAACAACAUCGCCACUGCUGAGGCCAUGAAUCUUGGCGUGCGAUGGGGGCUGGAUCCCAAGUCUCUGGCUGAGAUGAUCAACUCGUCCACGGGCCGCUGCUGGCCCUCUGAAGUGAACAAUCCCGUCCCCGGCGUGGUGGACACGGCUCCGGCCUCGCGGGGGUACGAGGGCGGGUUCGGGGUGAGCCUGAUGCACAAGGACUUGCGACUCGCUCUCGUGGCGGCGGAGAAGUCGGGCACCCCUCUCACAUUGGGCGACCAGGCGCGCGAUGUCUACAAGGCAGUUGAGGAGGCACAUCGGGGCAAAGACUUCUCGGUGGUGUACAAGUGGCUGCAGGACAAGUCGGAGUAG